AGGUGGCCCCGUCGGUUCUUACUUUGUCUCUCUCCAUGCUCUGCCAACUCCAGAACCGACCCGAGUUGAUCUAAUGAUCUGCCGAUUUCCCAUCUUACUUUGAUUUGGCUUGAUCUUAACACCUUGCACUUUUGCACGUAGCAUGCUGUGGCGUUGACAGAGGCAGCAAUCACCGGGGAAGUAUGGGAUUCCUUGCCACUGUUUCCGUUCAUCAUCCUGUGCACAGAUGAAUGAAAUGAACCCUCAGCUCGGAUCAAGUCAUGAUUCAUUUUUCUUUCCUUCACUUCCAUCCACAUUUCACAAAUCUGUAUUUAAUUGUCCAAUCUGAUUGAUGAAUGGACCGGGUCGAAGUAUGAACCGGAUCGGAGUGACGCGGGUCUAAGGACAAAAGCAGUUAUCCCAUCAUAGACCCGAACCCUUCAACGCCGUUUCCGUGCUCGAAACACGGGCCAAGUCCUGCUCCCCUCCCAGAUGGCAGAUUCCCGACAUUAGUGGUGCGCUCACCGGUUUCCCAGUGCUACACCAGCCCGCCCUGCCACGAGCGCUUCGAGUGGCGACGCGUCGGUCCCAUACUCUCACCAUCGGUAUACGAAAGCAAGACGGGACCCAUUCAGUUAUGAGAUUGAGUAGCUGAUGCCUUUGUCGUCCUUUGUUCCUCGUUCUCUCUCCUCACCCACGGAGUCAGUCCCGUCACCGGCCUUGCUAGAUAUAACUCCAUCCGUCCUCGCCUCCCCUCGAAGCCGAGGGAGAUCAUGACGCUCCACCACCGCCAAUUGGCACUCGUCUCCCACCUACAACCUCGUCUCCUCCUCGAGGCAGCGGGUGAUGACGCCGGCGCCGCCCCUAGCCCCUGGCCCUCUGCCCGGCCUUCCUCCUUCGCUGUCCCGCUCCGUCCUGGCAUCGCUAUCAUCGUCGGAGUCGUUACUAUCAUCUUUUGCCUUACCUUCCUCCUCCUCCUCUACGCCCGGCAUUGCAAGCUCAGCACCGCCUCCUAUGGCAGGGGCCGCAGCGCCACCGGGGGGCCCCUGACCUCCGCAUCUGAGAGGCGGCAUUCCGGGGUGGAUCACGCGGUGGUGGAGUCGCUCCCAGUCUUCCGGUUCGGAUCGCUGCAGGGGCAGAAGGAGGGCCUGGAGUGCGCGGUGUGCUUGAGCCGGUUCGAGCCCGCAGAGGUGCUCCGUUUGCUGCCCAAGUGCCGCCACAGCUUCCACGUCGAGUGCGUCGACACAUGGCUCGACGCCCACUCCACCUGCCCGCUCUGCCGCGUCCGCGUGGACCCAGAGGACGUCCUCCUCUUUCCUCUACAGGAACCGGAGCCGCACGGCGGCGGGGAGAAGGCCGAGGUCAAGGGGCGCGGUGAUGCGACCGCCACGGCCGUGCCGAACCCAUUCGGGCGCAGGAUCUCCGGGCGGCACUCCUCGGCCGGAGAGAGGACGAGCGAGCCGCUCGAGAUCGUGGUGCACCCAGCCGAACCGAGACGGAGGCGCUCGGUGGAUUGCCCCGGCUGCGCCACCGCCGCCCAUGCCCCGACGGUUCGGAAGGACGCGCUCCUCCUGGCGGAGGCGGCGGAGGACAGCGAGGCAUUCGAGUGGCGGCACAGCCAUCGCAUCGUGGUUUCGGACGCCGACGUGCGCGUGGACCGAUGGAGCGACCUCCGACCGACGGAUAUGCUUUUCCUGCGGAGGGAGAUGAUCAUCACGGAGGGCGGACGGUUCUCAGCGUCCAAGGCGGUUCGCGCCCUGUCGUCUCCUGCCGCCGUUGUCGACGAGGAGUUAGACGCUUCCAGAUGCGCGUCGGGGAUCGCGGGGGUGGGCCGGGUGCCCAGCUGCGGGGCGACCGGCGGGGCGAGGCGGUUGGCGGAGGAGGAGCGGACGCUGAGACGGUGGCUGGGCUUCGUGGCCAUGCGGACGGCGGUGCGGUGGCUGUGGAAGCGGGAGAGCGGGAACCGCGUCGAAACCUAAAUCAACGAUGGCACUCUUGGAUAUACCCUUAUUUACGGACGGAUGCGACGGACAUUCCCGUUAAGUGGGCGGCCCGCGAAGCACCAGAUAGAGAGUGGGGCGCAGAGAUGCGGUGUCACGUGAGCCAUGGGUGGCGACGCGGUCAUUGUAACUCGAGUCACGGGACUCGCAUGUAUGCUGGGUGGACUACGGGAGCGUCUCGAGUCCUCGUGAUGGCGGACGGGGCGUCUCGGACGGCGGUGAUACGUCGCUCGGAGGGAACGAGAUCGGACGGCCAAGGAUAUGGCUACGUGGGGUUUUGUCCACCUUGCUGUGGUAGUUAGAUGUGAGUGGUGUAACAGAUGGCGGUGGAUACGCAAGUGCUUCGUGUUAGAUCGCCUGCGACCGGAGAAGAGGCUUGUGACCAGUGACAUAAUUGGUUUUAAGAUAAUUUAUCACUAUAAAAGGAUUAAUCCAAUA